GCUCCGUCAGAGGGAGGGAGAGCGAACACAGCCACCGCACGGAAUGUGACGCAAAAGUUACUCCAGUCCUGCGCUGUGCGUCUGAAAAAAACUGCGCGAUUAAUUGUAGCGUAACGAAACAUUAAACGGGAUUAUUAUCGGGAUUAACAGAGAGAGAGAGGGUGAGAGUAAUUUUGCAGGUGGUCAGAGAGUUUUCCUCGGGGCGAUGAACGGUCAUUUACAGGCACUUCGGGUUAAUAGAAGACAACCUGAAGAAACCUGCCAGGUUUCAUAGCCAGCGCGCUCUCCAGUCAGUUGGAGAGAGAUCGCCUCACUUUUUAAGUCGCUGAAUUCGGACUAAUAUACACAGAGUUGUUCGUUUACCGGUAGUUUAGGUCCCUCUAGUUGCGGGCUGGAUUUGUAUGUCAAUAAUUUGGAGCUACGCGCCGGGAUGAACCUGUGAUAUUCUGGCGAUCCCCGCGGCUGCGUCGGUCAGGGGGGUGUCGUUGAUGGAGGUUUUAAGUGGGACCUGCUAGGAUGGACGUGGUUGAUGAAACGGAAGCCUUGCAGAGAUUCUUCGAAGGUCAUGAUAUUAACAGCUCUCUGGAGCCGGCCAACAUCGACACCAGUAUUCUGGAGGAGUACAUCAGCAAAGAGGACGACAGCACCGACAUCUGUUUCUCAGAGGUCCACAGCGGUCCAGGCCCAGCGUACCCCUCUCCCCAGCCAGGAGGCUCCUCUGCUGGGGGAGUGUGUGGGGUGAGCCCCAUCCCCCUCCGCCAAGGAGCGCAGCCACCCCUGCCCCCACCCCCACCCUGCCAGACGCCAUACCCGCCCCCACCCCCCCUCGGCCUGCUCAGGCACAACUACCCCUACCUGGGGCAACAGAACCCCAACCAGCAGAGCCACCAGAACCAGCACCAGCAGAACCAGCACCACCAGCACCACCAGCAGCAGCAAACCCACAGCCAGAGCCAGGUCAAACCGGAGCACAGAGCACUCUACGCCCCUGGGACUCUACCUGAGUCGCCUCCGGACUCCAGCUCAGAGCCAUACUCCCCCCAGCAAGUGAAUGACCCGCACAUGCUCAGAACCAUGACCCCUGAGAAUAUGUGUCACAUGACUCCGCCGCCCCCCAUGCCCCCUCACCCCCACUAUCCCAGCAUGCAUCGGGACAUGUACCUGAAGGCGGAGCCUAUGAUCUCUCAGUACCCCAUUGGUCCAGCUGGAAACGGGGGUGGAGACAUGCAGCAAAGCCAGAUGCUUCAUCAGCUCCUCCAGCAUCCGCAGCAGGGACCAGAUGGUAUUCCAGUUCACCAGUCGAAGAAGAGAAAGCACUCCGACUCCCCCAACAGCACUCUCAACGCUCAAAUUCUCUCUGGCAUCAUCAAACAAGAGCCAGGGUUAAUGCAGGAUGCAGAGACCUCCUAUCUCGACCCCAACUACCAGUGCAUCAAAUGGCAGCCCCACCAACAGAACAAGUGGGCCUCCCUCUACGACGCUAGCGGCAAAGAGCUUCCUGUCCCCACAUACAGGGUGGAUGCUGAUAAGGGCUUCAACUUCUCAUUGGCUGACGAUGCCUUUGUGUGUCAGAAGAAGAACCACUUCCAGGUCACUGUGUACAUCGGCAUGCUUGGUGACCCCAAGUACGUCAAGACCAGCGAGGGGCUGCAGCCAAUUGAAUGCUUCUACCUGAAGCUCAAUGGAGUCAAGCUGGAGGCUAUGAACCAAAGCAUUAAUGUGGAGCAGAGCCAAUCAGAUCGCAGCAAGAGACCCUUCAAACCAGUACUAGUAACGGUACCCGCAGAGCAGGUCACCAAGGUGACAGUGGGCCGACUGCACUUCAGUGAAACAACAGCCAAUAACAUGAGGAAAAAGGGCAAGCCCAACCCUGACCAGAGGUACUUCAUGCUGGUGGUAGCCCUCCAGGCCCAGGCUCACAGCCAGAGCUUCACAGUGGCCGCUCAGGUGUCCGAGAGGAUCAUCGUCAGGGCGUCUAACCCGGGGCAGUUUGAGAAUGACAGUGAGGUGCUGUGGCAGAGGGGGCAGAUGCCCGACUCGGUGUACCACCACGGCAGGGUGGGCAUCAACACGGACCGCCCCGACGAGGCCAUGGUCGUCCACGGCAACGUAAAGGUCAUGGGGUCACUGGUGCACCCUUCAGACAUCCGUGCCAAAGAGAACGUCCGCGAGGUGGACACCACCGAUAACCUGAAGAGGAUUUCUCAGAUGCGGCUGGUCCACUAUCAGUACAAACCUGAGUUUGCUGCCAGUGUGGGCAUAGAUACCACUGCUGAAACAGGAGUGAUAGCCCAGGAGGUGCAGCAGAUUCUCCCGGAGGCAGUGAAGGAGGGCGGUGAUGUGGUCUGUGCCAAUGGAGAGACCAUCCCCAACCUGCUAGUGGUCAACAAGGACCGCAUCUUUAUGGAGAACGUUGGGGCAGUGAAGGAGCUGUGUAAGCUGACCGAUAACCUGGAGACGCGUAUCGACGAACUCGAGCGCUGGAGCCGCAAACUGGCCAAACUGCGCAGACUGGACAGCAUGAAGAGCACCAUCAGCGGAGGCACCAUCAGCCUAUCAGGAAGCCAGUUCAGUCGGGCAGGAAGUAUACCCCUGAAGAAAAAAACAACGAAACCUGGGAGCAAGAGCCCCACCCCAGAGCAAGGCUGUCUGAGUCAGCGUUUCCUGCAGGGCACCAUACUGGCUCUAGUUGUCAUCAUGGCCUUCAGUGUGAUCUCCAUGUCCGUCCUCUACGUGUUGAACCUGCACCAUCAUGCUGCGAUCACCCAGAGUGAUGGUUCCAGCUUCUCCUGUGUUCUCGUGGCCUCAUGGGUGCCUCUCUUCUCCGUUACUCUCUGUCCUUCUGUCUGUCCAUGGUCUAGUUCAGCUCGCGGUUCUGCUCGUAAUGACGUCUACUCACCCAGAGCCUACCCCUCCGGAGGACCAGGUACAUCUCCACCCUCCACUUCACUGCCCAAUCAUGUGGCUUGCUGUCCUCCAACAACUGCAAUGACCAACCAAUCAGCAACAAGCUUGUCACCAAGCACCAACCAAUCCACCACAGACGCCAGCAGCCCGUCCCCCAUGCAGCCCAGCAUCAAUAAGAAGGCCAAGUCCCGGCCCAUGGACAAGGAUGGCCGCAGCAGGAACCGCCUGAGCCACACGUCUGCCCCCCUCUUUCUCAGCAAGGCCAAACGGCCCCCCACUCCAGACGUCAGCGCUGGGGGGGGCGGCAACCGCCUGCCUGGGGGGCAGCCUCCACCGCCACGCAGGCAACGCAGUGCACACACACUAGGUCAAGGCACUUCUCCCUCCAUCAGUGUGCUCUACAUCCUGGAGACAGAUCAAGAAAUAACAACUAAGACCUGCACUGUACCAGAGGACUGCAGGGCUGGGCAUUACAGCUUCACUGUGCCCUUACAGAGAAAUGUCUCCUCAUCUGUGUCACAUAUUACCUUACACAUGAUCUCUGAGGAGAGUGUGUGUGUUCAGCAGUGUGGCGUGACUCUGGGUCGGCUGUGUCCAGAUCAUACAGGGACAAGUGUCCCUGCCAAACAGGAAGCCAUAACAAAGGGCACUGAUCACCUGUGGUCAGUUCCUGUGCUCUCAUUCCAAGAUGUCACCUACCACUUCCGCGUGUCUUCAUCGGGUGCGGUGAGCUGCGGCGUUGAGGAAGAGGAAAAUCAGGAUGAGGAAGAUGAGGUCUCCUCACCGUUCUCUGAUUACUACUUCCUCAUUCAGAGCAGCUGUGCCUGAGAUGGAUGUCGGUGUGUCUGUAUAGUUCUUUAUUUAACACCUUUCACUCUGUCUCUUCGUUUGUCUCUUUCUCCCUCUUUCUCAUCUCUCAUCCCCUCUCUCUCUCUCUCUCUCUCUCUCUCUCUCUCUCUCUCUCUCUCUUUUCAUUCACGUUUUUUUUUGUUUGUCUUUUCAUCAUGAUGUUCUUUUGUUUUGAGAUGGUUUCAUCCUCCGAUUAGUUCCACGCCACCAUCUCGAGGCAGAAUAAAUACAAUUUGUCCCCCCACACACACACACACACACACACACAUACACACACAAAAACUGUGUGUGGACUUGAGAGAACUUGCCAACCCGUGAAUAUAAACAGGUACCAGUGGGUGUGGGUGUAAGUGUGUGUGUCAGAGUUUACAGCUAGUGUGUGUGUGUGUGUGUGUGUGUGUGUGUGUGUGUGUGUGUGUGUGUGUUGAUGGAGGCUCUGUGUCCGUCAGACAGAUGGACUGCAGCAAGACUCUGCUGUGGAAUCCAAACGUAAACUCAAUAGUAGAACACACCCAGGCUGAUAAAUCUUUCCGCUCACUCACCUCUGGGGCCUCCCAACAACAACCCCAUUAUCACCCUCAAACGGACUCUCCACACGACACACACUCACAUGCACAUGCACUGCCUUGUGUGCAGACGUCACGGACAUCAUUGUCUCACACACACACACACACACACACACACACACACACAAACAAACACGCACACACACACACACACACACACACACACAUAUUUACACUUUUGAUGACCUUUGCUAACUGUUUAUGUCUAAGUAAUUCCCCCUCACCCCAAAAGUUAAACAGGAUUCAUGGGGCUUGAUCUCCAUGUACACUGGAACCUUUUCCAACACCACCUUGACACCAUGUUACUGUUCAUUGCCAUGGAGAAGACAGAUGAUUUGGCUCAGCUCAGAGACUGGGUUUCUACAGCCCAAGGGUGUAUUUCCUGGAAGAUGUUGAGCAAAGACUAUCUUUAAAUGGCACUGGCAGAGAUAAUGAACACUCUCUCUGUCUCUCUCUGAUGUUGUUGCUCUUUCACAUGGUAUUUGCUUUUAUACACAAUGGCUGGUAAUGCAGUUAAUGCAUUCACCAGAAGCGCAAGUUUAACAAUUAUUUCAUGACCCAUUGCAGAAGGUUUUCUUUAUUUUUAUAUGGUACCAGGGGGUUUAAAUACUAUUGUAAUAGGCAACUAUUAGAAAGCCAUAACUGUUGUUUUUAUAUGUGUUGAGUAGUCUUUACAACUGUAUUCAACAGCAAAACGAUGGUGUCACAGUGCCAUAUCAUCUCAAAAGAUAAUAAUCACUGGAUUUGUUAGAAAACCCCAAAACAGAAAAAGUUGG